CAAAUUGAGGUGAAGUGAGGUGAGUGAGUGAGACUGUGACUACUCAAAAGUGUCAGAGUGGAUUUCAAUUUUUGAGCCUUUGGCUUUCUCAAUUCUUCUUUACUGUCUGCACCUUUGCUUAGUUACUAUCAUUCAUUAAUCACCGAACAAAAUUUUAAGGCUUCUCUAGUUUCUUGUCCUCUUCCUCCUAUUUGCCUCAACCUGUUUUAGUCCUCACUUCUUUUCUUGCCAAACUCUUCUUCUUCAGCUUCUAGUUGGAUUUUUUUGGGGGUUUCUUCAAUUUUUGAAAAGUUCUAAUCUUUUGUCAUUUGGAAGGAUUUUGUGGGGGUCAUCUUCUUGAGAGUAUUGGCUAAAAAGGGGCAUUUUCAAAGGAAUAAUGUCAGCCAAGAUUAAAAAAAUUUCUUAACUACCUUUUUAGGAUUCAUGGAGGUAGAAAAAGAUGGUGUCUUUGGAAAAAGAUUAGUUCUUUUAGAAAUUUAUCCGACUAUAAAUAGAGGAAAAGAUACUGCCUUUGGAAAAAAGAUCAGUUCUUUUUAGGAUUUUGAAGCCUGAAAUUCUUAGUAAAAUAAAAUUAGUACUUCUUUUAGAAAGUUAUCUGACAACAAAAAGGAGGAAAAAGAUAUAGUUUUGAGGGUAUUAAAGCUUUGAAAUUGUUGUAAAUGGGGGAGAAGAAGAAUAUGCCAGCAGUAUGGUUUUCAUUGAAGAGGUCUUUGCAUUGUAAAUCAGAGCCAUCAGAUGUUCAUGACCCAAAAACAAAGAAACAAUUAAGCACAAUUUUGACUAGAAAAGGAGGAGGAGGAGGGUCAAGGUCAGGUUGUUCAAGGUCUAUAGCAAAUCUCAAAGAUGUAAUCCAUGGAAGCAAAAGACACAUAGAAAAACCACCAAGUUGUAGUCCAAGAUCUAUUGGUAGCAGUGAGUUUCUUAAUCCAAUAACUCAUGAAGUUAUUCUGAGUAAUUCAAGGUGUGAGUUGAAAAUCACUAGUUUUAAUGGCUUUCAAGAAAGUAGUCCUAGCUCAACUUUUGUGGGUACUUUGAGACCUGGUACACCUGGUCCAGGAGGGAACCCUACAAUGCAUUAUUUUAAUUCAGGUUGUAGGAAUUCAGUGGCAACUCCUACAAGGAGAAGUGCAUCUUUUCUUGUUGAUAAAGAAGGUAGUUUUCCUUGUAAAACUACAAGGCAUUCUCUUGAUAAUGAUGUUAAUGGAACUUCUUCAGGGGUCACAUGUCAUAAGUGUGGAGAACAAUUUGGAAAAUGGGAAGCUCUUGAAUCACAUCAUCUUUCUAAGCAUGCUGUGAGUGAACUUUUGGAGGGUGAUUCUUCGAGGAAGAUUGUUGAAAUAAUCUGUCGCUCAAGCUGGUUAAAAUCAGAGAGCCACGUUGGUCGGAUUGAAAGGGUCUUGAAAGUUCACAACACACAAAAAACUCUGGCUCGCUUUGAAGAAUAUAGGGAGAUGGUGAAGAUCAAAGCAAGUAAGCUCCCUAAGAAACAUCCUCGGUGUAUAGCUGAUGGAAAUGAACUUUUAAGGUUCUAUGGAACUACUUUGGCAUGUGGCGUUGGCAUGAAUGGAACCUGCAGUCUCUGUGUAUCCGAUAAAUGCUGCGUCUGUCGAAUUAUCAGAAACGGAUUCACCACGAGGAAGGAACUCAAAGGCGGGAUUGGUGUCUUCACGACUUCCACAAGUGCAAGAGCUUAUGAAUGUAUUGAGUUGAGUGAAGAUGAUCCAUCGUUAAGAAAAGCAUUGAUCGUCUGCAGAGUAGUUGCAGGUCGAGUGCAUAGGCCGUUGGAGAACAUUCAAGAAAUGGCUGGCCAAACGGGGUUUGAUUCUUUGGCUGGGAAGGUUGGCGUUUACUCAAACAUAGAGGAGCUUUACUUGCUUAAUCCUAGGGCUCUUCUUCCUUGCUUUGUGGUGAUUUGCAAAGCCUAAGGAAAAUAUAAGACGACAUGGUAGUGAAAUUUUGUGUCGCGUAUAGGCUUUUCAACAUGUUCUUUUGCAGGAACUUUGUUUCUUGGAGUCCAAAUUCUUGUUUCUUGCCAUUUCUGUAUCUGUUAUUACCAAAAUUUGUCAAAGCUAGAUGAUCCAAACUCUUUCUCUGUC